AUGCCGGCGAAACGAGGUCGCAAGAAGAAGGGUGCCGGAUACUUCAGCUCGAACUCAAAUGGAGGUGGCGCGGGUGCUGCCUCUAAGGAGGCUGCCCUGGACAAGAUGUUCGACGAGCUGAGAGAUCUCUCAAGAGACUCAAACGACGCGAUCAGUGCCGAGUCUACCAUGGCGUAUCUGGCCGAUCUGGGCGUUGACAUGGAGAACGCAGAGAUGUUCGUGGCGCUCGAGCUAGUUCAAGCACCCAGCUUUGGAGAGAUCACACGGACAGGCUUUGUGGAGGGCUGGAAGGCCGCUGGUGCCAGUGCCUCCCAAGCCUCACAACAGCAGACCAUCCGCAGCCGAGUAACCCAGCUAGGCACCGACCCGGCUUACUUCAAGAAGGUCUACCGGCACACCUUUGUCGCGUGCAAGGAGCCGGAGCAGAGAGCCCUGAGCCUGGAGAACGCCCUGAUCUUCUGGGAGAUGAUCUUCUCGCCGCCCGGACGGCCCUGGCAGACCGCAAACCACGACUGGCUGAAGCUGUGGAAGGAGUUCUUAGGCGAGAAGUGGACGAGGUCCGUCAACAAGGACAUGUGGAACCAGACCCUCGAGUUUGCAAGCAAGACGAUGGACGACGAGACCCUCGGUUUCUGGAGCGAGGACGGGGCCUGGCCGGGCGUCAUAGACGACUUUGUGGCUUGGUAUCGGGCGAGGGACGCCAUGGACACUGAUUCCUGA